UGGCUUCAGCCAAAUGGCGAACGGAAGGGCAAAUUAUAAACAAGUACGCGGAACUGGAAAACACGAGGCCUUGUCAGACGUUUAAGUAAGAGAAUUUUACACUUUCUUGCAGACGGAAACAGCAGUACUGUCAGUGCAGGGAAGCAGACACUUUUCAUAGUUAGCAGACAACCGAGCUAGGCCUCUAAACUCUCGACAGAGGAGAAGUGCUAUGCAAACGGGGUAGCUAGCUAUAUAUCUAGCUAGUUGGCUAACCUAGCUAAUUAGUAAGAUCACACGUAUCAGGGGAAAAUCUGAUCAGUAAGUUACCAAGCAAUAAUUUUAAGCACAAUAACAAGUGUUUGCUGCUAAAUAUAACAUGAGUACAGCGUCGGACAGCAGUAAUAAGCCGUCCGAAUGUAAUAAAAAGAGAAGCGCGAGCCCGCGGCAGCAGGAGGACUCCCCGCUGUCCAAACAGCCCAAAGUGGACGAGGAGAAAGAUGAAGAGACCGAGUCGCGUGAACGCGCCGAAAAAGACGCGGUUCUAUUAAAGAAGAAAAAUAGCGCAUCAGAGACUAGCAAUGCUCCUGAGCUGUAUGAAAAGAGAGUGCGAAAUGCAAACGGGACAGAAAAUGCUAGUGGAACUGAACGUAAGGACAGAGGUGUAGAUGGAGAGUCGUUUGAAGGCCAGAAGGUGCGCUCAGAUUGCGCAACCAUAGUUGCGGCUGAAGCACUCGCGAGCCUCACCGGUGGCGGAGACCGAGGUACUGAAACGCCAUGUUCGUCCAAACAAGCCCUCGGUGAAAACACGGCCAGUAAACAGAGGCGUGCCGAGCUGGAGCGGAGUGGGCGUGCGGAGGACAGCUGUUCGGUAUCCGCGCUGAGGGGUGUCGGUGGAGAGGCGCGGGUGCGCGUGUGCCGCGCAGAUGCAGAUGAGGAAGAGGAGGAGGUCGAAGACGACGACGAUGAUGACUCAAUCCCCGGGUCCUCCUUGACAGCCAGCUCAUCUGAUGACGACGACAAUGAUGAUCAGGAGCGCGAGGAGUGCGCCAUCGUAUCGGUGCAGAUGGCCCCCGAGCUGCGGCGCUCCGUCGCGCUCCUGGCGCACGUGCAAAUGCGGCUGGACGCACUGGAGAAGAAGGGCGCGCGCCUGCACCGGCGCCUCGAGCUUAAGUUGGGGCGUCAGCGGCGUCCUCACCUCCAGCAGCGUGCCGCCAUCGCACAGAGCAUCCCUGGCUUCUGGCUCACUGCCCUUCUCAAUCACCCACACCUGUCAGCACAGAUUGAUGAAAACGAUGAAGAUGCUCUCAGUUACAUGAUCAAUUUGGAGAUCGAGACUUUCAAAAACAACAAACUUGGCUACCGGAUUUGCUUUCAUUUCCGUCGGAACCCAUUCUUUCAGAACAAAGUCAUACUAAAAGAGCUCCAUCUUGGAUUGGGAGGAUCCCCAGUUUCUUUCUCGAACCCAAUUGUUUGGCAUCAUGGACAGUCCUUGACAAGAAAUGGAGAACCAAGGCGGAAUUCACGAGGCGUUUACGAGAGUUUUUUCCACUGGUUCGAUGACCAUAGUAGUCCUGGGAUGGAUGAAAUAGCACAGAUCCUGAAGGAUGACCUGUACAAAGACCCUCUUAGGUACUACCUGACACCACUGUGGGAGCCACGGGAAAAUGGCAGCACAUCCAAACCAACCCAAAACAGUAAUGGAGAUGAGUGUGUGAUCAUCUCAGAUUCAGAUGAUGAGCAGGAACUGGUCAGCCAGGAUCGACAAGAAGAUCAGGAUGAUGAGGACAAUGAAGAUGAAGGUCCAGUCACAGGUGCUGGUGACAGUGACCAAGAUGGAGUGGAAUCUUCCACUGAGGAGAGGCAAGAAGAGGAAGUAGAUAUAGAGGAAGUGGAUGAGAUGUGUCACUCAGCCAGCAGUGAGGUUAGAGAGCUGGGCCAGGAAGAUGAUGAUGAUGAUGAUGAUGAUGAUGAUGAAGUUAAUGAGGAUGAGGAGGAAGAGGAAAACUAAUAACAGUAUGCAGAUAAAGAUUAGAGUUUAUUCUUCAGACAAAUUAUGGACUCGUUAGGGCAUUGUUAUGGCAAGUAGCUGUAUCAUGUCUGAUAAAUACAGAUUCAUGUUGGCAAACAUUGCUGAUUGUUAUACAGGCUAAUGCAAGAUGACGUCAUUACUAUUUUGCUACAAAAUACAGGAUGUAGAUUUUUUUUAAAAACUGGAAGGUUUAAUCUGAGUUGUUACAUGGUGGUGUAAAUCAUGUGCACAGGCUUUGCGUUGUUCCCAUUCCCAAUCCAGGCUAACUUUUUUUUUUUUUCCCCCACAUUUUUAUUCCAAACAUCAAUGGAGGUUUUAAUGGUGGUUACUAUUAAAAUGCAUAAUUGCUUUAUUUUAUUUUAUUUUUUUAUUGCAUGGUCUAUUUUCAGCUAGACGGACAACUACUGUAACUCGGUGACAGAGCCCAGUUAAAAUGUACCUGUUGGCCUACAGCAUUGUUUCUGUUUGUUUUUUCUUGACGUGUUUCUGCAGCCGAGCCAGAAGUCUGGCUUGCCAUUUAAAAAAAACAAACGAAAAAAAAAACCCAAUCAAUUUUCUGCUAUGCAUAAGGAUUUAUGUGACCAAUACCACAAAAUCAAAACCCUUUAACCUGAUUUGUUGGUUGUGAGUUUGAUAUUCUUUAAGACUUUGGUAAUCAUUCUUAAAGGGUGUGUUCUAAAUAAAUUUGAACUAGAUGCACUUAGUUCUGAACCAAAACUGGACCACUCAGGGAUGUUUAUUACAGUGGAUUUGUUUCUUUGAUGUGUUUUUAUCGGGUAUAAUAAGAUUUAUUACUUUGGUCUGAGUUGUUAAUAGUUAUUCAAAUUUUUAGCUAAAUUCAUCAAAAAUAAUUAUAGAUAGAUAUCUUUUUUUUGUAAGAAUAAACAGAUAGAAACACUUUUUCUGUGCAUGGUAGAAAACUUAACAGUUUAUACUAUAUGGCAGCUCUGUUUAUAAUAAUGGCACUCGAAUAGAUGGCAGCACACUGUUGAUACACAUGCAUGAACAUGCUAUAAACAGUCACAAGCUGUAAUGAAUAAUCAUCCUUUUUUUUUUCUUGCCAUGGAAAUAAGGAACUCAUUAGACCAGGUGGUAUGAUCUAGCUUUAUCUGUAGACUAUUUUAGUUUCUGAUACAUUCAUAAAACAUUAAUUAUACAUUUGUAUGAGUGUGUAUAUGUAGGGCUUUGGGUUUUUUUUUCUAUAUUGUCAUAGGCGGCGCUCACUUUUUCUGCUGUAACCCUCAUCAUGUUUUUAUCAUUAUUUAUUGGGAUUUGUCAUUAAUCUCCUGCCACCUGAAAUUAUCACGCCUUAUCCACACAUACAACUUAAUUUUUGGUUGGCGAAAUCCUAGAAUACUAAGUUUAUACAUCCAAGAUGUUUAUUGUUAGUGUAAUUUCUAACCCUUAAUGAAGGGUUUGUAAUUUGUUAGUUUUGUAAUUUUAAAGUGGAUUCAACCUAAAGCAUCAGAAGAGAAAGCUAUUUUUGUGUGGUAAAGUUUAUAGCUUAAAAGUUUAACAUAUAUGAUAUGAUUUGUCUUUAAAUAAAUGUUCAUUUUUAAAAUAAA